GGCUCUUCAGCGACGCAUCACGGCUACUAUAGUUACCAUCCAAUGUUAACGACACAGAAUCGUGAAAGUGUAUUUAGCGAUUUCGCGUUAAUAUUCACGGAAAAUGGAGUUACCAGUUACAUACUGUUUAUGUGGCCGUUCUUACGAUUUCGAACAAUUUAUGAUACAAUGUGACGUUUGUAAAGAGUGGUAUCAUGGAGGUGAAAGCAAGAUUGAAUUGGCAUAGACAUGAUUAUUCUGAACCUGAUGCAGACACAAAGCCAGUUCAAACUGGCACGCCAGUAUUUAUAAGAGAAUUAAAAUCUAGACAUUUUCCAAAAGCCGACGAAGUUGUUAAAUACGUGAGAGGACAACAAUUGACUCUGCAGCAUUUACAAGCAAAUGGUUUUGAAAAUCCUAUUAUAAUUGACGGAAAAGAUGGACUUGACAUGACCGUUCCACCACCAAACUUCAGUGUUUAUGACAUAGAAAGUUACAUAGGCGGAGAUCGUGAUAUGGAUGUAAUCGAUGUUACAAGACAAAGUAAUAUCAGAAUGAAGUUAAGAGACUUUGUCGAAUAUUACAAUUCCCCUUGCAGAACAAGGGUUCUUAAUGUGAUUAGUCUUGAAUUUACAAACACUGGUCUUUCACCAAUGAUCGAGGCACCAUACAUCGCGCGUAAACUUGACUGGGUUAAUUCUGUUUGGCCGCGUGAUUGGCCCGAGGACAAUGACAUAAAACGCCCUGAAGUACAAAAGUAUUGUCUAAUGGGCGUCAAAGACAGUUUCACAGAUUUUCACAUUGAUUUCGGUGGUACAUCUGUGUGGUAUCACGUGCUGCGUGGAGAAAAAGUGUUUUAUCUAAUUAGGCCUACGCCUGCAAAUUUACAACUGUAUCAGCAUUGGAUGUGUAGUUCAACACAGAGUGAAACUUUCUUUGGAGAUCAAGCCGACGCGUGUUACAAAUGCGUUAUAAAACAAGGUCAGACCAUGAUGAUUCCAACAGGAUGGAUACACGCUGUACUGACUCCAGUUGAUUCUUUAGUUUUUGGUGGAAAUUUUGUACAUAGUCUUAACAUUCCGAUGCAAAUACAAAUAUACGAAUUAGAAAAAAAAAUGAAGACUCCUGCCAAAUUUCAAUAUCCUGGCUUUGAGACAAUCAAUUGGUUUGCUGCAAAGAAGUUAUUGAAAGAAUUGAAAGAAUUGAAUAACGAAGGAAAGAAAUGUCCAGCAUAUCUUUUGCAGGGUGUUAAAGCGUUACUCAGUAUUCUGAAACAGUGGAACACAGAUAAGGAUUAUAAUAUGACUAGUAGAAGUCAAAUACCGGAAACCAUAAAUAGUCAGAAAUUAUUAAAAGAUUUCAGUAAGGAAAUUCGACAUGCCGAACGAUAUUUAAUAUCUUUAAAUCCUCCGAAACCAGAGCGAGAAAGUAAACGCAAGAAAAAGAAACCAUUAAAUAAAGAUUUUGUAGAUUAUGAUGUCGCCGAUAGAAUGGCUGAUAAUCCGUUUAAAGCAACGUUAAAAGAAACAAAUAAAGCGAAUUCUACAAUCGCAGAAUCACCGUCAUCUGGCAGACCACCGUUAAAACUCACAUUACCGAAACCCAUUAUGUAUCCUUACGUCAAAACUCAAAGUCCAACGUUGGAAGAAAAAAAUACUUCUCCUGUUAAUAACAAACGAUCGUCGAAACCGGGAAAACAAAGUGCAACCGUAAUUAGAUUCAAGCUUGGCAAUAACGAGGUCGUCAGGAGUACACAUGAUGACAUAAAUACAUAUAAUAAUUUAACUUCCGACCAUCCUCUUGGGGCGUCAAAAGAAUUAACCUGGAAACAAACGUCUAUAUAUGAUUUUCAUGACGGCAGUAGUGAGAGCGACUAUGGUCGAUUCACUAUUGACGAAUCACCAAAACGAAAGAGAACGCCGAAAACUAGCGCGCAAAAGCGAUUAAAACGCGAUUACGAUGGGGAUGUAGAUGUUUUAAAUGAUGUACCAAAAAAUGGUAUCGAAGAAUUACUGAAAGCUUCGGCUUAUACUUUGGGAAAUGGUGCUCAAAGAUUAGAUGUAACUUCUGGUAGGGCAUCUCCAUCGACCCGGGAAGCGAUUGCUGGGAUGUUAUCCUUCAGUGAACAAUGUUACUCAACUACAUCAAAUAGUACAUCGAAAUCUACGAAAAUUACUAAAGUUCACACUAGUGAGGAUGACGAUCAAUCGAUAGAAAACAUUGAUAAAGUUCAUCAAGAUGAUGAUUUUAUUUAUCCGGCUUUAGACGCUUCGGACGACGAAGAUUAUAUUUUUAAGCCUAAAGCGAAAAGUCAAAUAGACGAGGCAUGGAAUCCAAAAGCUAGAGUAGGACCUCUUUUGCCAAAAACGAACCGUCCAGCUCGAGAAGGUGUCAAGAAAACAUCUGUUGAAAAAGGACUCGAAGCAGCGGCAGCAAAACGUGCAAAACAAUCAAGUACAACUAAGCGGACAUAUAAUAAAAAGAAGCAAAAGAAUUCAUCUGUAACUUCAGCAACUGGUACAUCGACCACAUCUUCGGAAAAUACUACAAAAACUAGCAUCGGUUUCGGUUCGAUAUUAACUAGUCCUAACAGACUCAAAGAUGUUAAAGCAAAACUAGCCGCUCCAGUUCCAGUUGAACGAAAACCAAAGAAAGGCAUGAAAACGGCUAAACAACGCUUAGGAAAAAUUUUGAAACUUCAUAAAAUGAUGCACUAGGUUAACAAAUAACGAAAAAAAAAAAUUAUAAACGUAAUGAACAAUACAUCACAUCAUUCUUUCUAGUUUGUGUACAAACUAUGUAAUAGGUGUACAUUGCUAUGUAAAUAUGUUAAAAUCAUUAAGAUAGUAUACCUAUCUUAAAAAUCUAGUUUUUAAAAUUCGAUCGUUUUCGUAACGAAAUAUUUAUAUUUAUUAUUGCAGUAUUUAAUUUUAAGGCGAUACAGAGUGUCUUAUUUUAAUUCAUCCACGCAACUAUUUCCGCAAAUAUUCGUUAUUCGAAAAAAUGUUUGAGAUUUUUCGACAUAAGUUAAUAAUACUUUUAGAUUAGAGAAUAUGCUGCAUCGAUUAAUGCAUAUUUUUUUUAUAAUGCAUUCUAUUCAAGAAAGUGGAGAUCACCUUGAAACCUCGCAAAUCUUUCCAUUUGGAUAAAAAUCUGGUAAUCAUCAUAAAAUAUCCCCAAAGAACAAUUUUUUUUUUUUUUUUUU